AUGAGCCGUAUAUUGUUUACUCUAUCUGCCUCUGUAGUCUCACCCUCUCCUGGUUUUAUAUUCUGCUAUUAUUGGCAUUUAUUUACAAACAAGCUGUCAGUCGCUCAAGUAGUGGAGGUGCUGUGUGUUACAAUAAUCCUGGAGGUGUCGGCGAGGACCAACGCCGCUAUUUGGAUGGAACAUCACUGUCACCGCGGCCUCCUGGGCGACAGUAUGAAGUCUACCACGUUCAAGGAUUACAGCGCUCGUCAAUGCUUCGUGUACUUUAAAACCGAAGCCUAUGUAGAAUUCCGCUUCUAUUUCUCAUUCAAGGCAUCCUUAGAGGUGACGUUAUAUGGUAAGGAGGAGAGUCCCAAAAUAAUUCCAAAACCAUGGGUAUCUCUUGAAAACACUUACCCGUGGCGGCCGACAUACGACUACUUCAGGCAGGCUUCGUUCAUGCCUCAUUACGCUUGGUGGUGGUCAAUGUGAAGAAUUUAUAUUGUAAAAUAAAUUUGGUUAGUAUAUCUCAUAUCAUACAUCUAAAGCUUUUUACUUACCCGCACAGUACAUAGAGCGGUGGGAGAGUAGAUCUCAGAAAAGAUGCCAGUUUUCAGUCUUCUCUACUGCAGAUACUGUUAUUUAUAGCUGAUGUGAUACGUAUUCCAUUCAUCGGUGUACGCUUUUUGUUUGUGCGGUAACAACAGAAGAUGAUGUAAAAUCAGUUACUAAGCUAUAUUUGUUAAUUAGCUAGAAUUCUUUCAGAUUUGGUUAUAAUGUUUCAACAGACGGACAAGUAGUGUUAAUAAAACUUCGAAGAAGCUACCAUCAAGACCGCGGUACUGCCUACUCGAUACCACGCCACCUUAGCUUAUAGUCUGACACUUUAAUAAUAAUAUGAUGAAAUUUCUGCCACUAAACCUUAUAAAUGAAGUGUUACAUAGUUUUAUUAAUUUUAAAACAGACUUUGAAAGAAUCGUGUUAGGGAAUUAGAAAAGAAUGAAUUCGUUAUAAAUGAGUAGAAGCCCACCAACACUGAUGACUCUAACAAUCUGGUUUGUGCUGUUGUGGGAGUUUCGAAUAAAACAUUAAAAAACAAUAUCAAAAUUAAUGACGUCUACGAAUUUCGAGAGUGAACUUGAAAUGAACCUAUUUUGAUAAAUGAAGGAGGCAGGCGAGCGACUACAAGUAUCUACCCAGGAUCACCGUUAUUGUAAAGUAAUUUGU